AUGGAUAUUUGUAAUUUGUUGAAUCACCACAACGACCAGCGACCCUCUUCGGCAAGAUCAUCUCCGUUUUACUGCACUUGGGAUGGGUGUCACAAACCAUUCACUCGUCGGUCCGAUCUCGUGCGUCACUUGUGCAUCCAUACAGGAGAGAAGCCUUACAAAUGUUCAUGGCCCGAUUGCAGUAAGCACUUUAUUCAACGCUCGGCUUUGACAGUUCACAUGCGCACGCACACGGGUGAACGACCUCAUCUUUGUGAAUAUCCAAACUGCGGCAAGUCAUUUGGCGAUUCUUCCUCCCUAGCACGCCAUCGACGCACGCAUACCGGCCACCGCCCGUACACUUGUGAAUGCGGUAAAUCGUUCACUCGUCGAACGACGUUGGUCAGGCACCGGCAGCAAGUGCCUUGCCACCAGUUCAAUGCGUUAUCUUUAGAAGCAACAUCA